GGUGGUAAGGUGGGCUGGGCUGGGCUGGCCAUGGUCUAGGUUACAUCGACGUUUCCUUGUUUAGAAGCCCAACGGUCAUCAUUAAGUCAGUCAGCCUUGUGGUGAUGUGAUAUCUGACUGGGCCUGCUGUAUUGUGCUUGAUGGGCUCAGGCGAUGCAUAGCGACCGACAGUGGAAACAUGGGACCUGCUUGACACGGUCCAGCUCAAGGAUGGGAGUGCCUAACUUUUGUUUGCUAUUUGCCUGCUCACCUAAGUUUGCUUCCUUCUCCAUGAGCAUCGCAAUUCAACGAUGUCUUUCUCCUACCUUAAUUCAUUGUAGAUCGAUAUUAUCGUGUAGAUGGCAAAAAUAUCAAAAAUACGACAAAAGUUAUCAGGGGCCCAACCGCGAUUCGAACGCGGGGCCUCGCCCAUUCAAGCUUUGCUGAAGGGUUUUUAUACCCGAAGGGCGAAUCAUACCUCUAGACCAUUGGGCCUGAUAUUAUUCGAUGAAGGAUUUCCAACGCAAGUGUGCCUAAAAACGCGAGGGCGUCAGCCCACGACCGCUGAAGCAAAUAACGGGGAAAGAAGCAGCCUCUCACUUGAGCUGGGGGACAAUGCCGGCUAUUUGAGCUCAACCCGACAAGCCCAGCGCACUGAUUUCAUUUCCCGCCAUCACAUUGCCAGCAAGGAUGAGGCCGACAAUCUUCCAUCAACCAUCGCGCAUCGCCGAGGGGAGUUCAGGAUAACCAAUGCUCUGCUGCACAAGUUGCAGGACAACCAUCGCCAAGCGUCAUUUUCAUCUUGUGCGAAAGCAAAACCAACACAUCCACCCGCCCGCCGCCUACAUCGGAAAAGCCAAGCCUCCUCAAGUCAAAAAACCACGCGACCACGUCCGUCUCGUACUGCAGCGACACCUAACCCACCGCCAAACCUUUCCCUUCAUGCAAGUGUCGGCCAACCUGCGAACCAACCUUACCGAUCCCGACUAUUCCCAACUAGCGGAACCCCCACCAACGGCAUUGACCUUACAUGAUGACCCCUCCAGACUUCCCCCCC